AUGGACAUCAUCAAGGUUUACGGGUUCCCCAUGAAUGAGGCCUGGAUGGUCCAAGAGUGCGUCAGACUGGGAUUCUCCAACCCAGAAGACGAUGUCUGUGGGGAAGAGCUCGACGUUACGCCUGUCUUUUACUUGAUCAUGGAAAGGAGUGGCAUUAAAGGGCUCCACAUGAAUUGCGUUUACGUCGAUCUGGAAGCCACCUCGCACCCCGAAGUUGGAGCGUCGUCUGGAAGCGUUCCUUCGGCUGGCAAACGUCCCUCUAAUGAAACCCGCCAUGUAUGCUGCGGUGGAAGGAGACUUGCCGAGGAUUUUGCGAGGGGUGGAUCAAGCGCCGCCCUGGAUAGAAAAGCUGAGGGUAGAGAGCUCUCCAUUGUAUCGGCCGCCCAAGGUCAACGAUCAUCAGAUGAACUGGUUUGCGGCUUCAUUGAAAGCCAUCCCUCUUUAUGUCCGAGACUUUCGAUCUUUGCCGUGUCCAUAUGUCCUGUUCUCGAAGUUUCUUCCUUGUAUCUUUCACUAUGCCUACUUUGUCGUCCUUACCGCUUCACUCUUUCCAACCUCGUGCUGUCAUUUGUCCUCAUCUCCAAGACUCUGUCACGGUCAUUAUCCCACUUCCAGUCCCCACACGCGCUCCUGCCCGUCACCGAUAUCGUCUAG